GCAGCCAUAUUGAAAUUCCCGUUAUUGUCGCUUGCUACACUCUGCUUUCGACAUCUAUCGGUUGACAGUUCUACUUCACUGUGCAGCGGUACCUCAAACACAAGCAUGGCACUUCGUCGGCUAUCCCUGCUGUCCUCUCUCUUCCGCUCCGCUGUGGCGGUGACCCUGCGUAGAAACCUUGGUAUCUCCGCGGUGGCUUUCAACCGGGCCAAGGACAUGGACCCUGUCCAGAAGCUGUUCCUUGACAAAAUUCGUGACUACACCGUCAAGAGCAAGGCUGCAGGUGGAGUGGUAGAUGGAGGCCCAGGCUUCCAGAAGAAUGUGUCUGAGGAGAUCUCCAAAUUACAGAGGCUGUACGGGACUGGAGACCUCACCAAAUUCCCAGAAUUCAAAUUCCCUGAACCCGCACUUGAAGAGGUGGCCAAGUAAAGCCUGCCCACUAUGCACUACUUUUCCUGUUUCUGUUCCAUAUUAAUCCAUUGAAUAUUUAAUAAAUGAUCUUGGAGGACAA